UUCCAUUCGAACAUUCCUCAUUUGAAUCACACCUAACAACGUUUGGCUUCCGUACACACGCUGUCAUGGCCAUAGUUUUCAAGUGAAAUAACCCGGAUUAUUCAAAAUUCUCAAGUACCAUUUAAAAAUAGCCAGUUAAAUUAAUUGCAAACCUUAUUCUAGUAAAAAUGGCUCUAGUUUUGCGAAACGCCGCUCUCCAGAAACAAGUAUCGCUGUUGAAAUGUAUCAAAACGCGAACAAUAGUUACAACGGCGAAUAAAAAUAACAACCAGGCGCCAUUAUCAGCGGCUGUGUCGAAGAAGCCAACGUUGCGACACAUCUUCAAGGCCAAGUUCAAAUUCCCGUUGUUCAAGGUGAACCAAAUGACGACGCUGAAGAGGGACGCGCACACCGCAGCGGCCCCGCUGUACAAAAGCGUGUCCUGCUCCGAACUAGCCGAUGGGUAUCGGACCGACGACAGAAUACAAUUCAUCAACGACAGCUGGCUGAAGGCCCGAUCGGCUACCAACUUCGCGAAACCGAUUGUGAUCGAACCUGUGCCCGCCAAUGUGUCUACUAAAUUCAAAAAGGAUCGGGCUUGCUUGGAUAUCCUCGUCCCUACCAUGUUUGAGAGCAUUGCGAACGCAGUCUGCCCGUGCCCGUGCCCGUGUGGCCCGUGUGGACCCUGUUGCAGCCCUUGCGGCCCCUGCUGCGGCAACAUGGCGGACUGCAACUGCGGCCGCUUACUGCCCCCUCCAUGCAAUACGCCGCCUAAAUGUAUCCAAUACAUGCAAGGUUACUACUACUACCCGUACGGCACGUGGUUCUGCGGCCCGUACCACGUGAGUACUGGCGCUGUGCCAGUGUGCGGCCCCGUCUGCCCCGGCACCGCCUGCGGCAUCGCGCCCCCCAACCCUAACCUGCUUUGUAAGUGCGGACCUUGCUGCUGUGGGCUCCUUUCGUGCAGCAUCUGCAACCCUCCACCUUUCGGUUCAGGCCCUGCAGGAGCAGUUCCAGCACCAUGGGCAAAUCCUCUUAAUAUUACAUCUUGCUACGGAGUUCCUGGACUGGGCUCACAGGGGUCUCCUGCCAUGAGCACACAAGGAAUGUUCGCACCCUGCACACAGCAGUCUUGGGGUCAACCUCAACCUAUGGGACAAUCGAGCCUGCCUAUACCUUUCGGUGUGCCCGGAAGCACAACUCAAACCGCUACGCCUGAUGGGUCAGGCUUCAAUAUCACCUUCCCUCCAGUACAAAUAAGCCCUCACCAAAUAAUGCCCAAUUCGCUAAGUUCUCCGACGGCCCCACAAUGGGCCACGCAGCAUGCGCCCUGUGAAUGUUCGGGCUGUGUGGCGAAGAGAAACGAGCCUGGAACUAAAAGCCCCGCGGAGUGCAAUACACCAGCAAUCAUGCAAAGCAUCAUCGAACCAUUUUCGAAAGUAUUUACCUCUUCGAAACCACCCAUAAAUAAGCCUGAAAACUGCAAAAAAUCUACUAAAAUACCGGAAGACCCGAAAGUGAAAGCGACAUUCCCUUGGUGAUAUAAA